AUGGGCUUGGAUCCUAUGAAUCAAUCCAUAGCCAAAAAUGCAGCAGAUGGAUCCUUUAUGGAUAAAACAUUUGCAAGGAUCACACAAAUCCUUGGCAAAAUGGCAAAACAUAACCAUCCUUGGCACUCAGAGGACACCACAGGUGGAAUUUUAUUUGGUACUCCUUCCUUGACCAACAUGAUUAAGGAGAACCAAGAAAGAGAUCAAGUAAUUGUCGGGCUUGUCACCAACGUCAAUGUGUUGACAAAGAUGUUCACUGAAAGCCAAACAAUAAAGGUGAACGUGGUGGAAGAUGUUCAACCCAUGUCAAAUGAGGAUUACGAGGAAGCAAAUUAUGUCAACAACUCUCAAGGAGGUCAUCAAAGGCAAACCUACCAAGGUUCAGGACAACAAAACCAAUGGAGGCCUAACCCGCACGGGCAAGGCAACCAACAGUGGCAAAAUGAACAAGGUAAUUCAAAUCAAGGAAAUUGGAGUAACAACAACAACAAUUUUUCAAAUCGGAGUUCCAACCCCUAUGUUCCUCCAAAGGGGCAAUAUUCAAACUCUCCACAUUGGAAAGAAAGUUCUUCGAGUGAGUCCAAGUUGGAAAACAUGCUUGAACGUGUAUUGCAAAAUCAAGAUAGAUCUGACACUUCACUAAAGAAUAUGACCGAGCUUGUGGGCUCUCAUACCGCAUCUAUUCAAAAGUUGGAGAUGCAAAUGAGAGAUCUCUCAAGAGAGCAAAAUCCGAAGCAAAAGGGCACACCCCUAAGUGACACAAUUGCAAACCCAAAAGGUAGUGGGAGUGGCCCAACUACUUCAAGGAGAGAAUGA